AUGCCCAACUUUACUAUUGCAAAAGAAGAAGAUAAUCAAACACUAAUUAGUUUCUUAAAAAAAAGGUUUAAAACUACUCCUUUAAAGUUAAUUUAUAAACUAUUCCGAACCAAAAAAAUAAAAAUUGAUGGUGAGGAUGUUCGCUAUUAUCAUCAUCGCUUAAAAACGGGUGAAGAAAUUAUUAUUUAUGACAAUUCGCUCAAAAUUUCUCAAUCCAAUAUUUCGCUAAAACCGGAAAAUUCAGAAAUAAAUCCAGAAAUUGUUUAUGAAGAUGAAAACAUUAUUAUCGUCGUAAAGGAGCAUAACAUAUCUAUGCCCGAACUAGACAAAGCAGUCCAAUAUUAUUUUUACCAGCAUAAUCCACAAAAAUACCAAGAACUAAGUCAAAAAUAUUUUUCUUUGAAUGCUACUCACCGCCUUGAUAAAUUAACCAGAGGAUUAGUUACUUAUCCAAAAAAUCCGACUGCCAAAAGGAUACUUCAUAAUGCCAUUAGCGAUAAAGAAAAAAUAACUAAAAAAUAUCUGGCAUUUUGUGAAAAAUUACCAAAAAAAACCUUACCUAAUUAUAUUAAUG